AUGACUCCCAACAUCAUUAACGAAUCGACUAACCUGUUCGGCUCUAGGUCGACAGUUGCGCAGAGAAAAGAAGCGAGUGAACUAAGAAAGACUCUCAAGCCACUCAUGGAAAAGAGAAGGCGCGCACGCAUCAACGAGAGCCUCAACCAACUUAAAACGCUAAUCUUACCUCUGGUUGGCAAAGAUAAUUCACGCUAUUCCAAACUCGAGAAAGCCGACAUUCUUGAGAUGACCGUUAGAUUCCUUCGAGAACUCCCAUCAUCUCCAGUUAAAAGUCAAAAUGACAGUUACAAAGAAGGGUACAAAGCCUGUCUUCAGCGCGUCUCCGCGCUUCUUCCGCAGACCAGCCUGGACAAAGACACCUGUCACCGUGUAAACGACUUCAUCCGGCAGUCGAUGGCUGCUACGACUACGGCCUGUCAGAACUGCUGUGCCCAGAGUUCUAGAGUGUCUCCACCACUACAACAGAGACUCCUGAACCUCAAGCCUACAAGCCCACGAACCGAAAACCACACAGGCAGCGCGAUUAGGCCGAUUCCGAUUCGACCUCAGCCUGUUCCACAGGUCGUUAGUGCCAACAUGUGGAGACCGUGGUAG